CUAAUGUGUCUGUCUUUUUUCGCGUCUGCGCUUUGAACCACGGGGUGGGCUACGAGUGAAUCAAAUAUGGCGCCUUCAACUCCGUAAGUACUGGACUAAUGAGCGCCCUCCGCAUUCUUGCUUUGGAUUACGGGAGGCUGUCGAUGUCCGGCAGUUUCCCUUCAUUAUUAUUUGUAUUAUUUAUAUUAGCUAAAAAGGUUGGUUACUCCUCGUUAGUCGUUAGUAAAAUACUAGUAGUAUGUCAUUAUGAUGGCGUGUAAUGUAAUAUUGUAUGUAGGCAGGGAGAAGUAGGCCUAGAUGCUAGUUGAGUGGUUCAACUUCUAGUGACAGUGUUGACUGUUGUUAUUGCACAAUCGUCACACACACAGGCACUUGGAACGUCUCAAUAAAAAAGGAAGGAAGCUAUUGUCUGUUCACGGGCCAAAAUGUUUAAGCAGAAAAUUGCCAUCAGUCUCCAAAGACCAAAACCUAAAGGACCGAUCGAAGGACUGUUUUGCAAUUAUUCACACAGGAUCUGCAUGCAGACGCGCAUCGAGGGAUCGGAGUACUGCAUCAGACACAUCCUGGAGGACAAGAAUGCUCCCUACAAGCAGUGCAGCUACGUGUCGAGCAAACAUGGCCGCCGGUGCCACGGCGCGACGCCAAAGUCCGACAAGCGCGAUGGGUACUGCGCGGAGCACGCCAAGAAGACGACCGUGAUGAGACAGAGGGCGCUGCGUAAGAAGCGUCCCGCCGAAACGCCGGACAGCCUGAUGGCCGAGCUCGUGCGCUACGACGCGACCCGGGGCUUAGAGGAACCGGGCACGAGCGCGGGCGAGCUGUCGGGGAAGAAACACGAGUCAGCACAGAGCGCAGCCAGCAGAAUCCUGGACUACGCGAGUGAGAGCGAGAGCGAGCAGGAGACGGUGCUCGUCGAUCAAACAUGGCGCGGCGAUGGCGACAGUGACGCGGAGAGCAUUGACUCUGAACAGGAAGACCCGCUCAAGCACGCUGGGGUCUACACUGCGGAGGAGGUGGCUCUGAUGACGCGCGACAAGCUCAUACGCCUGCAGUCGCUCUACAUUGACCAGUUCAAGCGACUGCAGCACAUGCUGCGGGAGAAGAGGAGGAAGUAUCUACUGGAUAAGAAGAAUCAGGACGACUUGAUCGGUGGUGAUCACAUGGUCAUACCGUCCAGCCUGCAGGCGAAGCGGCAGUACGACAAGCUGCACGCCCUCAAGCGUUACCACCGACGCCACGGCAAGGAGGCCCUGCUGCACCAGCAGUCGAAGCAGCGCAGGAUCGUCCACUCCGAAGGCGACAGCUACCAGAAGCCGGCCGUGAUCAGGUGCUCAUACGUCGUAGAUGGCGCCACAUGCAACGCGCAGGUGCUGCCACUCACCUCGUUCUGUCAGCGUCAUAUCUGCCACGAUGUCAAUCAGCUGUUGUAUGUACCCUGUAACCACGGCGAUCCAGAAUGCGACAAGCCCAUCGUCAUGGCGAUGGAGGAUGCGGCAUGUCCGGUACAUACAGUGCUGCCUCUGUUUAAAGACAGACUCCUACCAGAGGAAGCAAGUGAUGCGGAGGCGACGCACUCUGACACGCUGAUCAACGUAGACAAGUCAGACAGCGAGGAGAAGACGAAGCGAGAGCGAACGGAGACAGGAAGCUCCGAGGAUCUGCCAUUGGUGUCGCUGGCUUCGCAACAGUAUCUCGAGCACAAUGAGGAGCAGCGUCGGCUGUUGAACGGCAGCGCGUUCAAACAAGAGAACAUGCCGCUGACGAUUCUCGCGUCCGCUGGACCCAGCACCGCCAUCGACACGGAUCUGAUACAGGCGGUGACCGCACCGAGCGACAGACCGGGGAGCCCCUUGCUGGAGACUGACUCCAAGGACGACCCCACCGAUGUCAACAUCAUGUCUCCCGAGACGGACGUUGAGAAGUGACCUCAACAUAGCGUGUGGUGUCGCUCGCGGAGAGCUAGGGCUAGUGUAAUGACGUAUAGGCCGUGGAUAAGACUGGCAUAGUAUGGCUGCAAAUCGCGUAUUUUGUCUUGGGUAUGCACAGAUUUGGUAUUCGCACUUGGGUGCGGUAAUGCGCGAUUUAACCACGGAUGUUACGUAACCCCGGGGAAUUCCAGUGCUUCAUGCUGUGUUUCGUGAAAUUCUGUUUCACCCAGGUGGUUUUGCUAAUAAUUAACAGUGCUGUAUAUAUAUCAAGAGUACAUAAUAGGAGAAGAGUAUGACAUCGUUUUAACAGCGUUUUGCAUAGUUUU